UUGGCAUCGAUGCUUGUGGGAGUUUGUUUUUGAUUUUAAUAUAAAUAGCAAAAAAAUCAAUUUAAUAAACAAAAACUUAUAGUUGAAACAAACUUCGCUGCGUGUUAACAUCCAGCGUGAAACCCAAUGGAAUUGUGUAUCCUUUUCUGAGCCCCGUGUCAAGAACACCCCCAAACGGCGUCAAAAUGGGUUAAAACGAGCACCACAGUACCAUGGCAGUGAGAAUUUGCAUCGAAAUAGGACACGAGGCAUCUCUCCGUACCAAAAAGACUCAAGAAGGCUUCACCCAUGAUUGGGAAGUGUUCGUGCGAGGUUGCGACGGUGCGGAGAUUCAUUAUUACAUUGAAAAAGUUGUGUUCUAUUUACACGAGACGUUUCCGAAGCCAAAAAGGGUGGUCAAGGAGCCCCCAUAUUCCGUGAAAGAGUCAGGCUAUGCGGGAUUCAACCUCCCGAUUGAUAUUUACUUAAGGAACAAUAAUGAGCCGAAGAAGAUCAGAUUUAACUAUGAUUUGCACUUGCAACAGUCAGGGCCCCCCAUCAUUAAAGUGCAAAAGGAAAAAUACGUCUUUAAUUCGGUCAAUGACGAAUUUAAAAUGAAACUAUUAAAAGGGGGUGCAACGAUCGGAAGCUCGUCUAGUAUGCAAGAUGCGAGUGAUAACAGAUCGUCAAACGAUGAUAAGAAUCAAAUGACAAAUAAACCGAAAUUGAGCGGAUCCGACAUGAAGAAACAAAAAAUCAAAAUUGGAGAGCCUUGUAGGGACUUCCAGGAGUUAUUUGGGUCCCCUAUUAACAUGUCCAAGAGCUCGGAACCAAAAUUGACAGUUACCAAACCUGAGAGCAAAGCUGUAGAGAAGUCGCGGACGAAACACAGCCCCCAUAAGGACAGUCACAAGGACAAAGAGAAAUCGAAAGACAAGACCGACUCUGAGAAGAAAAAUAGAGAUGAAAAGAAAAAAGAUAGGUCAAAAGACCAUGAACGAAGUAAAGAGAGAAGUACAAAAAAAUCCCCACGGCCCAAAAGUCCUAGUCCAAAAAGGUCGUCCAGUCCUCGCUUUUCUAGUCCACCGGUUUUGAAAAAGGAAUCGAAACACAAUGAUAAAGAAAAAAGGGACAAAAAUGAAGAACGAAAGUCGAAAAAAGAGAAACGGAGUAAAGAACACAAAGAGAAUAAACAUGGAGAUGGUGAACAAAAAGUAGACGACCACAAGGAUAGUAAAAUUAAAAGUGACUCGAAAAAAGAGAGCACGAAAAAAAGUGAAAAUCCAGCCAACUCGCCAACUCACAGGUUUCCGGAAACCGAAAAAAAGAAGGAUAAACCGAAAGAGAAAUCUUCUUCAAAAGAGGACAGAUAUUCGGAAAAGUACAAACACAAGAAAAAAGAUAAGGAAAAGCGCGAGAAGAAAGAAGAAAAGUCGUACAAGUCUGAGAAAAAGUCUGAAAAAAUUCCAACUGAAACUAAACCGAAUUUAUUCAAAAGUGAGCCCCCAGCAAAGAAGGAGAAAGCUUAUGUUAGUCCAGUCCGGGCCACGGUCGACGACGAGUCCUCAAACAGUUCAACAACGAGUUCAAACUCGUCCCUUGUGGAGAAGAAAGUCAAAAACGAAGCGGUGAAAGUCAAGGAAGAGAAAAAUCAGAAAUUGAAGAAGGAAAAAGGCUACCAAGAGAACACAAUCAAGUGUAAACGAAAAUCGGACUCGGCGGAUGUGGAGGAACCCCCGGAGAAAAUCCAUAAAGAGCAUGGGAUUAACAAUAACUCGGAUUUGGAGCAGGAGAGUAAGCCAGUGUUGCCAACACCGACUGAAGAGGAAGAGGACUAUUUCGGGUUGUUGCGUGACCUCCAACACAAAAUAAUGGGCCUCAAGGACAACUCAGAUCUCCAGAAAGUCGUGAAGUUGAUCGCCGAGACCGGCCGAUAUGAAGUAUCAGCUCACACUUUUGAUUUUGAUUUGUGUCUGUUGGACAGGUCGACUGUUCAACAAUUACAAGACUUUUUCGCGAGCGAAACUUAGUUAAUUUUAGGUUGCAAUAUUUUGAUUUUAGGACAAUUCUCCAGGUUUUAUUGGAAAAGUGUCAUCUUCUGUUAUGUACCUGUUUUAAGGAGUUUUAGAAUAGUUGUUUCUCCGUCAGGAGAGUGCAUUACGUUGUCAGUUGUUUUUACACAUUUUAUUGUACUUGUACAGUGAUAAAUACUAUUAUUUUUGUAAUAUUACAAUUGUAGCAAGUUAUGUAACCACCGUUUCAUUUUUAAACGUAGAUAUUGUUAUCUAACAUAUUUAAAAUGUAACAAGGAUCAGUGUUAAAUAAGCAUUACUAAUUUUAAGUUUUUGACGGAACUGUUAGAAUUUAUUGAUUUAAAGUUUUGUAAUAAUAACAAUGCCGGACCUGUAAUUUAUUUGACCGUCUUAGCAAUAAAAAUAAGUGUAAAAUA